GAAAACUCACCAACAUGGCGGCCACCGUUACCGAAAAAUUGCAAUCGUUAGAUAAAGAGCCGGGUUCUCAUAAGGAACACGGUGAUAGGUACAAAGCCUUACUUGAAGAAAUCAUGACUUUUCAAGGUGAUGAUCUAGCGACUAGCUUGCAGGCUUUUGUUGAUGCAAUGGCACACGACUCAAUGAGCUUGAUGAUCUCACGAUCCUUACUCACUCACUUCUGCAGUGAGCUCUCCAAGCUGCCAGAUUCCGUGUCAAAGCAAAUAUCUGAUUAUACUCUAGAGAAACUGCAACCUCGGGUGAUUUCUUUUGAGGAACAGGUUGCCAGUAUUCGUCAACAUUUAUCCAUAAUAUAUGAGAAAGAGCAACAGUGGAGAAAUGCAGCUACUGUUCUUGUUGGCAUACCAUUAGAAACUGGACAAAAGCAGUAUUCAGUAGACUAUAAACUGAAGACAUAUUUGAAAAUAGCUCGACUUUACUUGGAAGAUGACAAUCCUGUUCAAGCAGAGGCAUAUAUUAACAGGGCUUCAUUGCUACAAGCAGAUACAAAGAGUGAUGAACUGCAGAUCCACUACAAGGUAUGUUAUGCUAGAAUGCUGGACUAUCGUAGAAAGUUUAUCGAGGCAGCCCAGAGAUACUAUGAACUGUCGCUAAAACCCAUCAUAGCAGAGGAAGAGCGUAUGCAUGCUUUGCAGCAAGCGCUGCAUUCGACAAUACUUGCCUCUGCUGGUCAGCCGAGGUCUCGGAUGUUGGCCACUCUGUUUAAAGAUGAACGGUGCCAGAAAUUACCUGCACACGGUAUCUUGGAGAAGAUGUAUUUAGAGAGGAUCAUUAGAGGUGAAGAGUUAAAAGAGUUUGCAGAAAUGCUUCACCCACAUCAGAAAGCUACAACUGCAGAUGGUUCUAGUAUCUUAGACAGAGCUGUGAUAGAGCACAACUUGCUCUCUUCGAGUAAGCUCUACAACAACAUUACAUUCGAGGAACUUGGAGCCUUGCUGGAGAUUCCUGCACCAAAGGCUGAGAAGAUUGCUUCGCAGAUGAUUACAGAAGGACGAAUGAAUGGUUCCAUUGAUCAGCUAGAUGGAAUUGUUCACUUUGAGGCUCGGGAGACAUUGCCUCUUUGGGACAGGCAGAUAGAAAGCAUUUGUCUUCAGGUCAACAACAUCAUAGAAAAAAUCUCAUCCACAGUUCCAGAAUGGAUGGCCAAAGCAAUGGAUGAACAGAUGGUACAGUGAGGAGUUGUGAAUAGUAUUGUGGUGUCAUCUUCUGAUAUGAAUUGCAUAGUGUGGAAAAUCAUGUGUACCAGAAUGCUUCUAAUGCAGAGAACAAUUGUAUGUGAAUAAUUUGAGCUGCAUUCCUUCUGGUUUUUUGUCGUGUGAGUGUGUAAUAAAAGAAAUUAUCUAUAUCUGGAA